AGAAGAUGACAAGUCAGAGUCAAACCAUGAUGUCUGGCAGAAGGACAGAAACCAGCAUAAAUGAAGCGACCUCAAAAGGAAUGCAGCUGGAAGCAUUUCAAUCAGAAAAGGUUACCCAUCAGGGGCAAGCUUCCAUGGAGGCCAAGAAAACUUCUACUAUCACUCAAAAUAUUGAUAAAACAGGAAUCAAUGCAUCUGUGAAAGAGGAGAUUCCAAAGAUCUCUACACAAUGUUUGAAGCAGCACUUUGAGAAAACAACCCAAGGAAAGACAUUUCAUUCUGGACGAGAAAAUGGAACAGCUCCAAAGCAGAUCAAGAUUGAAAAUGGGUAUCAAGAAAUGGUGCGGCCUUCUACAAAUUUUCAUUCUUCUGCUGAAGCUACUUCUACGAGUAGAGAACAGGGAACGUAUAUGGCAAGGAAAACAGAGCACACGUCUGCUGCCUCAACUCCAGCCUAUAACAAGUUUCCAAAGUAUGGCAGUACAGAGGAAUUUCCUCCUCCACCACCACCAGAUUUACUACAGGUUCCCUCUGGAAUGACGGAGUUUUCCCAGUCCCCUGAACCCGCUCUCUCUCCAUCCAAGCAAGUUCUUCCCAAAGAUUUAUAUUCCAGGCAAAGAAAUCUUUAUGAAUUAAACCGUUUAUACAAACACAUUCACCCUGAAUUAAGAAAGAAUUUAGAAAAAGAUUACUUCAAGGAAAUUUCUGAUAUAGUCUCUGGUAGCAACACUGAAAUGGAUAGCUCAGUAGUAGUAGAUGUACUUCAGGCUAAACAAGUCUUUGAAAACAGAGAAAGCAGCCCUCAAAAAAGCAUGAGCCCAGAAAGAGAAUAUUUAGAAUGGGAUGAGAUCCUAAAGGGAGAGGUCCAAUCUAUGAAGUGGAUUUUUGAAAACCAGCCCCUGGAUUCAAUAAAAGAUGAAUCUCCCGACCAAAACAAUGUUAAAAGCAUUGCAGGUCAAGAAAUAAUUGCUGGGGGAGAUGUUAAGUAUACUACCUGGAUGUUUGAAACACAACCCAUGGAUGCACUGAGUGCAAAUUUUUCAGACGACGCAGGAACGGCAGAUCGAAUACCAGACCUGGCCCGAGGAGAUGUCCACACAGCCACGUGGAUGUUUGAAACUCAGCCACUGGAUUCAAUGAAUAAAAUUCACCAUGAGCAGGAAGAAGAAGAAUCAAAUGAAAAUUUGGUCAACGAAAUCACCGGUGGAGAUGUCAAAACAGUGAAAUAUAUGUUUGAAACACAGAACUUGGAUAGUCUUGGGCAGCUUUAUUCGGUGGAUGAAGCUAAGCUGUUGCAACUCAGAUCAGAACUAAAGGAGAUUAAAGGUGAUGUAAAGAGAAGCAUAAGGCAUUUUGAAACAUUACCGUUGUAUGUUAUUAGAAACAAUUUAGGUCAAAUGCUAGAAAUUAAAACAGUUCACAGAGAAGAUCUGGAGAAAGGAGAUGUCAAAACAGUCCGUUGGAUGUUUGAAACUCAGCCUCUCGAUGUUAUCAACAAAGAGGCGGUGGAAAUCAAAGUUGUCCAUGGAAUUUCCAUGGAGGAAAACAUUAAAGGUGAAGUGAGCAGGGCAAAAUGGUUAUUUGAAACCCAGCCUUUAGACACUAUUAAAGAGUCUGAGGAAUCUGCUGGAGAAAAAGAGAUUGUUCUGGGCACUGAUGUCUGCAGAAAAUGUUGGCUGUUUGAGACUCAGCCUCUGGAUACCUUAAAAGAAAAUGAAGACACAAAUGCUUUCCCCGCCGUAGAAAUAAUCGGAGGAGAUGUAAAUGCUACUAAACACCUAUUUGAAACAUUGCCCAUGGAUAUGUUAAAAGACAGCCCAGAUGUUGAAAAACUUCAAAAAAUGGCUGCAACGGAGGAAGAGAAAGGCGAUGUGAAGCAUCAGAAAUGGAUUUUUGAGACGAAACCUCUUGAACUGAUUAGAGAAGAAAGAAAAGAAUUCAUAAGAACGGUGAAACUGGAGGAAAUUGACAAGGGAGACGUGAGCAGCUAUAAGCAGGCAUUUGAAACGUGUUGCUUAAGCAAACGUAAUGACUCAAACAAAAUCCAGGUUGAAGGCGUAACAAGAGGUGCCGUAAAAUUUAAUAAAGACAUUUUCGAAACCACCCCAUUAUACGCUAUCCAGGAUAAUCUUGGGAAAUAUCAUAAAGUUAAAACAAUUCGUCAAGAAGAGGUGAUCCAAGGCGAUGUCAGAAACUGCAGGUGGCUUUUUGAAACAAGGCCUAUCGACCAGUUUGAUGAGAGUAUUGAGAAAAUUGAGAUUAUCAAAGGAAUAACCUCCAAAGAAGUACAGUCGGGUGAUGUGAAAACAGCAAAAUGGCUGUUUGAAACGCAGCCUCUAGACUCCAUUAAAUAUUUUAGCAAUGUAGAGGAGGAAGAAAGCAAGCCACAGACGGAGGCUAUGGAAGUGGUCAAAGGGGAUGUCAGGAUGUGCAAGUGGUUAUUUGAAACUCAGCCAAUGGAAUCUCUGUAUGAGAAAGAGACAACAGUAACAAACACUGAUGAAAUGCAGAGAGGAGAUGUGAAAACAUGUACCUUGCUAUUUGAAACACACUCUCUUGAUGCAAUAGGGGUAGAAUCAGAAACAACUAAUAAGCUACACACAGUUGAGCAAGAGGAUAUUCAAGGCAGUGAUGUCCGCACAGCGUGUUUCCUUUUUGAGACGGAAAAGCUAGAAAAUAUACAAGGAGAAGAGGACAAAGAACUCAAGCGGACUGUGGAAAUUGAUAUCCAGCCUGGUGAUGUCUCUACCAUGAAAUAUAAAUUUGAGACGCAACCAUUAGACUCACUCAGUAUCAACUCAGAAGAAGUUCUGAACAAAAUUAAAACCAUACAAAGUGAAGAUAUACAAAAAGGAAAUGUUUUGCAUUGUUGUUGGCUGUUCGAAAAUCGGUCCCUAGGUGAGAUUUCAGAGGACAAAGAAGAAAGGACCUGUGCCCAAACUAUUACAGAUGUACAAGAUGGGCAUGUGAAAAAUGGUUGUUUCAUCUUUGAGACGUUUUCUCUGGACCAGAUUAAAGAUGAAGAAUCCGUGGAUGAAAGUAUCGAGAAAACCAUAAACCAAGAAGAAAUAACAAAGGGGGACGUGAAAAGCUACAAAAUGCUUUUUGAGACCCAGCCACUUUAUGCAAUUCAGGACACAGAAGGAUAUUAUCACGAAGUGACUACAGUUAGGAAGGAAGAAGUUAUCCAUGGAGAUGUACGUGGGACCCGGUGGCUAUUUGAAACGAAGCCUUUAGGCUCAAUAAACAAGUCUGAAAAUGUAUACGUUAUAAAAUCAGUCACCCAGGAAGAUAUCCAGAAAGGAAAUGUUAGCUCAGUUAGGUACCGAUUUGAAACACAGUCAUUGGACAUGAUUUCAGAUGAGGAGAAGUUCAUUGUUCCCACCGUUAACAGUGUCCAGGGUGGCAAUGUGAAAGCCAACAAGAAAUUAUUUGAAUCCGAAGAAACCCUGGGAGACAAGUAUGUGAGAACAGUGAAUGUCAGCGAAAUACAACAAGGCAAUGUGAAAACAUGUACUUGGCUAUUUGAAACACACACGAUUGAUGAAAUUAGAGGGGAAGAUUCAGAAUAUAAAGACAUCCAGACAGUAACGAGGGAAGACGUUCAGGAGGGGGAUGUUCAGCAUGCACUAUGGCUCUUUGAAAACCAGCCUCUGGAUUCCAUUAAGGAAACUGAGGAAACUGAUACAAAAAUAGAUAAGGAGGAAAUUCCACAGGCUGACGUGAAAACCACCACGUGGCUUUUUGAAACCACACCUUUCCAUGAAUUUAAUGAAAGUAGAAUUGAAAAGGAGGAAAUUGUAGGAAAAAGCGUGAAAGAAACUUUAAAGGAACUUUAUUCACAGAAAGUGGUAGAAACUCAUGGAAUUAUCUUGGAGGCAGAUGAAAUUGGAGAUGUCCGCAUGGCAAAAUAUAAGUUGAUGAAUCAGGAAGCUCCUGAAAUACAAAAGGAAGAGAUUAUUAAAGGAGACUUAGCCAGCAUAAUGAUAAACCUCCUGUCCAAACGAAGUUCUCUGGAAAGGGAAACUAAAGUAAAUGAAGAUGAAAAAGGCAACAUAAAUUUGACCAAAAAGCAACUGAUGAAUAGCUCAACAGCUGUGCAUGUUGAAAAGGAAGAGGUAGUGAGAGGUGAUAUACAGCAAGCCAUUAAAAAACUGUUUAAUAAGGAUCGUUCUGUAAAACGUGGGAUUUUAAUUCAGGAAAGCGAAAGGGGGGAUAUUAAUAUGACAAUCUAUUCUCUCUUCCACAAAAAAGAAAGCAAUAAAGUUGAACAAGGUGAAGUUAUGGGCGGUGAUGUAAAGCGUACAAUUCACAGUCUUCUCUCUUCUGUAAUGAAUCAUGAAAUAUCAGAAAGACCUAAAAUAGAUGAUUCAGAAAGGGGCAAUGUUCAGUUUUUUACAACUUGCAUAGAAGCUGGAGCUUUGGACUAUUUGAAAUUACUCCAGUCAGAGACAAAUGAAACAUUUGCAAGCAAAAAUCAAGAUGAGGAAGAGGAAAUAAUGGGUGGAGAUGUUGAAGGCACUAAAUUAUUACUAAAGAAAAAGAAGUCUCAAAUAGAGCGGACAGUUAAUGAAGCUGACAUAAUUCCUGGUGAUGUCUGUAAUGCCCUUAAGAUCUUUACGACUGAGGCACAAAAUACAUCUUGUCAUGUAGACAAAGAAGAAAUUAUAAAAGGUGAUCUGAAGACAACUUUAAAUUCUCUAAGUCAGGCUAUUAAUCAGACCGCUGUUACAGAGAAGGAAGAAAUUGCAAAAGCUGACAUCCAUGCAAUUUUGAAGUCUCUUCAAGAAUCAGUUUAUCAACCAAGAGAAACAGAAAAACCAGAGGUCAUUCCUGGUGAUAUUAAACAGACCAUUGAAUCUCUGGAGAAAGCAAUACAAACAAAAAAUGAAGUCUUAAGAGAAGAGGUUGUCCAAAAUGACCUUGAAUCUACACUAAGAUCUUUAAAAGCAGUUCAGCAAUCUUUCAAGGAAACAGACAAAGAAGUAGUCAGAGGCAAUACUCAAACUGCUAUAGAGAGUUUGCUGGAUACCUCUGAAGAAACAAAAUCAAGGCAAUGCCAAAGAUUCACAGAGGCAGAGGCAAAACAAAGUAAUGAAAUGCUGAUGAAGCCAUCUCGACAAUCAGUUCAGAAUAAAGUCAAUCCAACUGAACGCGUAAAAAGCAAUAAUACAUUUCUUCAGAAGGAAGCAAUGUCCCAAAAGAAGAGUUUUCUCAAAGAAGAUGCCAAAGCAAUCCAUUUGGAUCAGAGAUGGAACACCAAGAGUCAUGAGAUGGAGAAAAAAAAUAUGAAGGCCUUAUCUAAAUCUCAGCACAAAGUCACCGAAAAAGCAGAUACGUCUGUAGAUAAAGUCACAGCAAAGAGACACAGAGAUCAGUAUGUGAUUGAUCAAUCUACUUUUUGCAAUAACGUUGAGAAGAAUGAAAGAUCAGAGGAAUCAGAGGCAAGCAGAAUCUCGAUGAAGGGCCAUUCAACCAGUGACAUGCAGGCUGCAAAACAAAUGACGGGAAAGAAACAAAACAUCUUUCAUGAAUAUAAAGAUGAAAAAUAUGUUGAUGUGAGAAGUCAGGGUGAGACGAAAGCAAAAUCAGUCCAGCCAACAUGGGAUCACCAGAGCUUCAAUUACAGAGGGACCCCCGAACAACUGAUCAACCAGUCAACUGGCCUGAUUUCCAAAGCAGCUGGUCAUCUUGAAACAAAAGAGGUGCAACAAGACAGAAAGCAAUCUCAGCAUUCAAAGGAGGUUUGCAGAGGGAAGAAAAAUAAUGUUAUGGCAAGCCAAGCUCAGGUUUCCAUGGCAUCAGAGCAGAAUGUAAAAACCAAUCAAAAAGUCAGAGUCACACAGGAAAUGCACAAGCAAUUUAAAGAAGCUGAAAGGAAGCAAAAGUGGAGUGAGAAAUCCAUUUUGAAGUACUCAGGAAAAUCUAAAGUUGAAGGUGCUGAUGAAGACUUGAGGGUUCAGGUGAAAAAUCCUGGGAAUCCAUACAGGAACCCUAAAGGCUUUGAUAGGUCAGAAAUUGAUUCUCCAUCACCUCCUCCUCCUCCACCACCUCCACCUACACUUCCAUUGACUUCAUCUGAAGUUGACUCUCCUUUGCCACCUCCACCCCCUCAUUUAUUGAUGCCUUGUGCUAGACAGAGAUUUCCUUCUCCACCGUCACCAUCAAAUGAAGGGGUUAAGACAGAGCAUGAGAGUUUUCCUCCUCCACCGCCCACUACAGAAGAGAAAUAUGACAAUGAAUUGACAUCUCAUCUGCCACCCCCACCUCCCCCUCAGCCGAAAGAUCAUUUCUUCAAAAGCCUAGACAAAUCAGUUCAAUCUCAGAACAAGAUCCCAUACAACACAAAGCAUCUUCAGACGGAACUUAUAAAAGAAUUAGAAGAGAGCCAGUGCAAAGCUUCUAGAAAAAUGCAACCAAGGAUUAUUCAGAUGCCCAAAGAGGUUGAUAAAGCAAAUACCAUGGAAGAAAAGACAGAAUGCUCAAUGUUAAGGAACACUGUUAGUCAUGAAAGAAAAGAGAAGAAAGUCUGCACAAAAACUGAAGAUGUUAAAAGGGUCGCGUCAGUUAUGGAAACUAUCGGUCUGGAAGUAUCACCAUCGAAUAAGACAUUUCCACAUUUUAGGUCUCCUUCUCUUCCAGCAGAGGCAACACAAGCAUCACCUAAGCCUAAUGUACGGAAAUUUAAAACUCCUUUAAUGAUUGCAGAAGAAAAAUACAAACUGCAAAAGGAACAGAUGGAACAAAAACAAGCCAAGGAUGUUUGUCAACUACAUGUAAGAAGGAACAGUGAAACAUGGGGAAGAUCAGCUCAGGCAGAGUCAGAAGGUGGCCUGCCAGUGCCAAAAUCAUAUAAACAGGAUGAAAUCAUUCGGUCUUUGCCCUCUGAAGUUCCAGCUACACCUACUGAGCCUGAAUGCCAAAGAAAGCCUCAAGUCACCAACUCAGAGGCUGAUGACCUACAGCCCUUAGCAAAACAAUCAAUGCCUGAACAGUCUCAAAACGUUUCAAAGUGCUCGGCAGAAGAACACGUCAGGAAAAAAGCAGUCCAUGAAUCACAACAUCUUAUAAAACAGAGUGUAUCUUCUGAAAAAGUACAGACCCACCAAGAACAUGUAAUGAGCAAGAAAGAGCAGCACCAAAAGGAACAGUUGCAUGUGUCAAGUAAUAAAGCAGUAUGCCCUUCUUUCAAAGUUAGAACCAUCCAGGAUCCCGCUUGUGAUCACACCUUACCUAAAGGCCAGAAGGAUUCCAUGAUUUAUAAAAAGCAAGAGGGAUCAAGUGUGCAUGGGGUUCUGAAGCAACAAGUUCAAGAAAAACAGAAAGAAAAGAUAAGUAAGAAAAGUGCUGCAGGUAGUUGUAUGAAAAUGGAUGGGAAAAUCCACAUGGAAAAAACACUUGAUAAAUACACAGAAGGCAGACAAGAAAUAGGGGAUAAAGAAUCCAGUGGAAUGAAACAGAGAUUAAUUCAAAGAAAGGAAACAGAGAAGGACAACAUGAAACAAGAAAAACAUUCUUUAGCUAUGGAAGGAAAGGAAAGCCAGGUAAUUGCUCACCUCAAAGAAGAGAAAGGAAUAAUUCAAAGAAAAGAACAACCGGCUAGCAGUAAAUCAGAAAAAAUGGUUAAGCAAAAAAUAAUCAAUAUACAUAACAAAUUUCAGACUGUGCAUUCUGAACCAGAACCAACUUUUGUUUUGGAGACAAAUGUUCAGAAUAAAAACCUGUCUCAGGAAAAAAAUAAUCUACAAGGACAGGGAGAAUAUAUCUGGGAAAUUACCCCAGAACAGAAAAAAAUCCCUCAUAAAACACCAGAGCCAAAAAAACAGCUUGUGCAAGAAAAAAUGCUACCAUCUAGUUUACCAAGAGAAUCCCUGCAGAAAAGUGAGAAAAACUCAGUAGACAUAUUAGAAUUGUUGAGAAAACGGGAGGAGAUACAACAGCUGUUGUCCAGAUUGAAAGAAUUUGAGAUGGAACCAAGUAAAAAUGGGAUGAAAACAUUCCAGGUGUUCUUAAGUGUUAUUCCAGAAUGGCUAGUAGAACAAGAAAAGAAGCAAGACUUAAGUUACAUUGCACAGGAAGACAGUGUUGAAAAGAUGAGAGAAGAGUUGUUGGUUAUUAAAGAUCAAGCUUCCAAAAUACUUCACUCAUGUGAAGAUGCAAUCCAAGCAGCCAUGAUUUCAACAAAUUCCCUGAAAUGUAAAAAAAAUGUUCAUAGCACUGGAGGAUCAACACAGAAAAUAGCUAAAGUGACUAUUGGAUCCAGCAGAAAAGAUUCACAGAAGACUAAAGAAAUGUCCAAAGACACCAUGGCACACGAAAAAGUAAAAGAGAAAGUAGGUGGAAACAGAUUUUCAGAAAUCAGAACUUCUUCACCAUCUCUAAGAACACGAGCACCUUCACCUACUUACAUCACAAUUGAAUCUAGAUGUAUUGAAUCUCCUUUCGGGGAUUUAUUAUCUCCAGUCCAAAGAGAAAGCCCUCCAGUUCCACCAUCACCCCCACCAAGAUCUACUACCCCAACAUCUAAGAUACAACAGUCAUCUGCCCGUUCUGAGCAGCUUGCAAAACUUAAAGACACUACAGUAAAACUAUCUCAAGGGGCAAUCCCAAAUAGAUCAGUAACUCCAAUUCCUAUUGUGGAGAAAAGGUCAGAGAUUGUUAAAUCUCCUGCAACCCUCCGUCGGCAAAUCAAGAUUGAUACACGUCAACCUGACAUUUGCAAAGUACCAUUUUCAAAUGACACACAUGUAACUGCAGAGGCAGUGAAGAAAGUCAAAGAAAUGCAUGAAGAAUCCCAAGUAAAUCAAAUGUACAUCUCUCAAAAGGGUGGGAGCAUUCCAGAAGAGCCCCACGGACAAAGUGUAGGCUCUAUUUCCAUUGCACAUCGCUUUGAGGUACCUAAGGCUGCUCCUAAAGGGCUUAGGCAUAGGUAUGAAGCAUCUGACCAGGUGAUUCACAUAAGGAAGGAGCCAGACUUACCUGAAACAUUUGGCAGUGACUUUGAAUAUAAAACAGAUACAAUGUCACAGACUUUCAAUGAUCAGACAUUAAGUGAGGGAAAAUCCAAGAACAAAUACAUUGAAAAUGGUACAAUGAGUGACAAGUCAAAGGAAGUGAGGUGUAGGUCGAGAAAGGGCCGACUUAGUCAAACUUCCCAAGAGCAAGACAACACAACAAAUAAUUUCCAAAAAUCUCCUGGAAAGCAUCAAAGAGAAUCAAAGGAAACUGACUCUAAGAAGCAAAACCAGCAUGUCAUUAAAGAGCAUUCUUGUGAACCCAGGGCGUGCCUUGAUGCAAAGUCCCCCAUGGAAUGCUCCUAUGGCAUGGAGUCUUUUGGGAACAUGGUCAUUGAAUCUAGAACCGCAACUUCCACCGCCCAGAGCACAGAUGGGACUAAGUCAGGAUUUGGCUUCAAACGGGCACCUCCAACCUACGAAGAUGUAAUCUCAGGGCAUAUCUUGGAUAUUUCUGCUCCCGAUUCACCAGAAGAUCUUUUAAGGAAUUUUCAGAAGACUUGGCAGGAAAGUGAGAGAGUGUUUCAAAGCCUCGGCUACACCAUGUCAGAAGCUACUGAAGCAGAAGUGAGAAGUAGUUUCCACGAGGAAGCAGAGUUUAUCAGUGAAACUGCAACUUCAGGGAAAGGAAACAUGCCUACUUUGUCAAAAGAGAGUUUAUCCAAUGGAGUGCCUAUUGGCCGACAAGCAGAUUUUCCAUAAAUCAUGUUUUCGAUGUCACCAUUGUGGGAGCAAAUUAAGCUUAGGAAAUUAUGCUUCUCUCCAUGGUAAAAUAUAUUGCAAACCACAUUUUAAGCAACUUUUCAAAUCCAAAGGAAAUUACGAUGAAGGCUUCGGACACAAGCAACAUAAAGAAUUAUGGAUUUCCAAAAAUCAGAA